UCUCCCCAGCCUCUCUGGCCGGCUACUGCGUUUGCCAGCAGGAAGGGAACGAGCUUACCUCAAGCUGGAAAGGUUCCGUCAAGACUUUGUACCACAGUAGGGGCCAGAAAUGUUGGGGUACAUGAGAUAUAUUGGGAUGUGGGGCCUGAGUUGUGCUGUCGUCUCUGAAGGGAUUCAAAUUAUCCCCAAAGCAAGCAGGGGCAUUUACUCGGUGUGAGGGGGACACGCCAAGGGCUUCCUCCUUGAGGAAGACGUGCACCCCUGCAGAGCGAGGGGAAGGCUUGUAGUGAGCUCAGAAAGUGAGUCAAAAGAGGAAAACUGGAAAAGCUCAAGUGAGAUUUUACACAUUGGGACAAUCUCACGUAAGGAAAUGCAUGGGAUGUGUGUGUGUAUGUGAGUGUAUGAUGUAUAUGUGUGUGAGAGGGUGUGUGAGAGAGAGAGAGAGGGGCUUACUGGGCUGGGGCAGGAGUUAAGAAUCCAUCAAUGUUAUAAAGUAGACAGGAAACAGAUCCUGAACCUCUGCCAGCUCUGGGAAGGAGAUGUGAUCUUAACCCAACUGGAGACAGAGAUAGUUACAGAGGAUAAAAGGAUCUGCUGGAUUACCUAAAAUUAAAGGCUUCUGAACAGAAAGCAUUGGAGACUCUAAGAGAAAGGGAAGUGGUCAAAUGGGGAAGCCUCUGCAGCCAAAUCUUUCUGGAAAAAGUGUGGAAUCCAAGAUGUGGAGACCAUUGAGCUGCGUGUGUCUGUAUAUGUGUACACGUAAAAGAUGCAUAGACAUACACACAUAAAUAUACACGUGUAAACUGCUUCUUUUGGCUUUAUUUGCUUCCCAAACAUUCCCUCUCUCUCCAAUUCGGCUAAGCAGAACCCAGAGGAAACCCUGCUCUGCUCCGGUACUGCUCUGGGGUGUGCCAAUCUAUGCCCUAGGGUUACCCUCCCCAGUCCUGGCACCCUCAGGUCCCUGUCCAAUACUGUUCUUUGCAACAUAAAGUUAAGAGAAAGAAGCAAAAGAAAAGGAGGAUCACUAAGGAUCUCCUCGUGGGGUUUGAGCUCCCUGCACCUCCUCUGGCAACCUUCCCCUCUGGCCUCCGGCCGCCAUCCAGGCUUCCUGCCAUCCCCGUGCUCCAGGACCAGGAUGCCCAGCUUUCUGCCCCUCUCCUCUCCCCAUUAGGGCCCGGGUUUGGAGGGGUGGAGAGGGAACAAGUGGGAGCUCCCCGGAGAUACACUACAAUUGUUGUGCCAGGUAGCAGCCAAGCGCCUGCUCUCGGAGGGGAUGUCAAGGCUCAGAGAAAUGAGAAGGGAGGCUUAUAACCCGAGCCGGAUCGUGUGCCCCGGGCCCCAGGUGUCCCGACUUCCUGGCCUGCCCUGGAGGAUCCAGCUGUGCUCCAGCUGGGGAAGAGGGAGAUGGAGGGAAAGCUCCUUGGUGAGGGCAGGAGCGAGACAGGUCGGGGAGCAAAUGCUGGCAGGGUCCCGGAAAGUGAAGUCGGAAGCGCAAGGCUGGGCUCCAGGGGCAGGGGGCACAGGGAGGCCUGAGGGGGCGAGGGCUGGAGGAGGGGCACGUAGCGGGGAGAGCUGGAAGAUCCUGAGCUUCAUGGGGAGGGGCUGAGUCCCCGAGCUGGGGGAGGAAAGGAAUGGGAGAAGAAGAAGAAGGGAGGGAGGGAGGUUGACCAGCCGGUGGGUGGGGCCCAGGUGGAAUCGGAGCCUUGGGGCGGCUUCUGGAGGCCUGGGAAAGGCAGUGGAGGGAGAAGGGGCCAUCGCAGUGGCCAAGACAGUACACGUGACGGAGGCAGGGCUUGGGGAGGAGAAGCGGGCGGGGCCUGAGGUCCUGGUCCUGGGUGUGAUUGGAGGAAAGGGGCCGUGCUGGGGGCCUCGGGGCUGGGCAGGUGGGGCUUCGGGGACUAGGAGGACCCUCCCAGAACGGGCUGGCUGAAAACAGGAACUUGAAACAUCAUUCUGUCUUCUUUAAACGGAAAUUUUUCUAUUUUUUUUCCCCACAGGCCAGAUUAUCCUGCCUUCCCUCUGAGCUGAGAUCUCUCUGCCUCCUUCCUUCAGAUCUGAGAUCUGCCUCCAUCUCUCUGAGCCGAGAUCUCCCUGCCUCCAUCUCUCUGAGCCGAGAUCUCUCUGCCUCCAUCUCUCUGAGCCGAGAUCUCCCUGCCUCCAUCUCUCUGAGCCGAGAUCUCCCUGCCUCCAUCUCUCUGAGCCGAGAUCUCCCUGCCUCCAUCUCUCUGAGCCGAGAUCUCCCUGCCUCCAUCUCUCUGAGCCGAGAUCUCCCUGCCUCCAUCUCUCUGAGCCGAGAUCUCCCUGCCUCCAUCUCUCUGAGCUGAGAUCUCUCUGCUUCCAUCUCUCUGAGCCGAGAUCUCUCUGCUUCCAUCUCUCUGAGUCGAGAUCUCUUUGCCUUCUGAACAGCUGCUCUGCACGUACAGUCCCAGGUCAACAUCCAGCCCAGGAAGGGAAAGUGAAGACAAAAUCUCCUCCCUCUCCAGCUCGGUCUGCGGACCAAAGGCUCUAGAACCAGAGACAUGGCCCCUGGCAGCCAGAGAACCUCAUCCCAGGAGUCAUUGUCAUUCAAGGAUGUAGCUGUGGACUUUACCCAAGAGGAGUGGUGCCUCUUGGACCAUUCUCAGAAGGAGCUGUACAAGGAGGUCAUGCUGGAAAUCUCCCAGAACCUGCUCUUCCUGGGAUUUCCAGUUACCAGAGAAGAUUUCAUCUCCUACUUUCAAGAAGGGGACAUGCCAUGGAUUCCGGAGCCAAAAAACUUAAGGAACUUUUGUCCAGAUCUCACUGGACAUCUGGAAAAUUAUGACAAAAAGCUUUAUAUAUGCAACGAAGGAAAAAAGGCCUUCUACUAUGACUCGAAGAUCAUUAGCCAUCAGAAAAUUUGCACUGAAAAGAAUCCUUAUGAAUGUAAUGAAGUUGUAGCAACCCUAACCCAGCAUUCAUCUCUUUCUUACCAUCCUGAAUUUCAUACUGGAAUGAAAACACAUGUAUGUAAUCAGUGUGGGAAAGCCUUUCAUUUAAAAUCAAAUCUAGUUACACAUCAGAAGAUUCAUACUGGAGAGAAGCUUUAUAAGUGUGAUGAAUGUGGGAAGGCCUUCAGCUACAGAUCACGCCUUAUUAGGCAUCAGAUUAUUCAUACAGGACAGAAACCUUAUGAAUGUAAUCAGUGUGGAAAAACUUUCAGACAGAGCUCCAUUCUUGCUGCACAUCAGAGAAUCCACACUGGAGAGAAGCCCUAUGAAUGUAAUCAGUGUGGAAAGUCUUUCCAACAUAAGUACAGGCUGGCCGCACAUCAGAGAAUCCACACUGGAGAACAACUUUACAGAUGUAAUCACUGUGUAAAAACCUUUGCCUACAGAUCAAGCUUCUUGGAACAUCAGAAAAUUCACAGUGGAGAGAAACCUUAUGAAUGUAAUCAGUGUGGGAAAGCUUUCCUACGUAACUAUGACCUUGCUACACAUCAGAGAAUUCAUAAUGGAGAGAAACCUUAUGAAUGUAAUCAGUGUGGAAAGGCUUUCCAGAGGAAGUACAGGCUUUCUGCACAUCAGAGAAUUCACACUGGAGAGGAGCCUUAUGAAUGUAAUCAUUGUGGGAAAACUUUUCAACAAAACUCUGAGCUGGCUGCACAUAAAAGAAUUCAUACUGGAGAGAAAUCUUAUGAAUGCAAUCAAUGUGGAAAGUCCUUUCAGCAGAAAAGCAGACUUACUGCACAUAAGAGAAUUCACACCGCAGAGAAACUUUAUGAAUGUAAUCAGUGUAGGAUACGUUUCCGACGUAAAAGUGACCUUGCAGUACAUCAGAGAAUUCAUACUGGAGAGAAACCUUACAAAUGUAAACAAUGCGUGAAAGCCUUCGCCUACAAAGCAAGCUUUUUGGCACACCAGAGAAUUCAUACGGGAGAGAAGCCUUAUGAGUGUAAUCAGUGUGGAAAGUCUUUCCAGAAGAAGUCCAGGUUCACUGCACAUCAGGGAAUCCACACUGGAGAUCAACCUUACAAAUGUAAUCAGUGUGAAAAGUCCUUCCUGGAUAAAUACAAGCUUACUGCACAUCAGAGAAUCCACACUGGUGAGCAACCUUACAAAUGUAAUCAGUGUGAAAAGUCUUUCCAGGAUAAGUACAAGCUUACUGCACAUCAGAGAAUCCACAGUGGAGAGCAACCUUAUAAAUGUAAUCAAUGUGGGAAACCUUUCGUAUACAAGUCAACCUUAUUAGCACAUCAGAGGAUUCACACUGGAGAGAAGCCUUAUAAAUGUAACCAGUGUGGAAAGUCUUUCCAGAAGAAGUGCAGGCUUGCCGCACAUCAGAGAAUUCACACCGGAGAGAAACCUUAUGAAUGCAGUCAGUGUGGAAAGGCUUUUAGAGAGAGUUCCAGUCUCGCUACACAUCAGAAAAAUCACUCUGGAGAGAAGCCAUAUGAAUGUACUCAAUGUGGAAAGUCCUUCCAAAAGAAGUACAGGCUUACUGUACAUCAGAGAAUCCACACUGGAGAGCAACCUUACAAAUGUAAGGAGUGUGGGAAAGCCUUCACCUAUAAGUCAAGUUGUUUCGAACAUCAGAGAAUUCACAGUGGUGAGAAGCCUUAUGAAUGUAAUCAGUGUGGGAAAGCUUUCCUACGUAACCAUGACCUUGCUGCACAUCAGAGAACUCACACUGGAGAGAAACCUUAUGCAUGUAAUCAAUGUGGAAAGUCUUUCCAGAAGAAGUACAGGCUUACUGCACAUCAGAGAAUUCACACUGGAGAGAAACCUUACGAAUGUAAUCAAUGUGGAAUGGCUUUCAGAAUCAGCUCUACUCUUGCUACCCAUCAGAGAAACCACACUGGAGAAAAGCCUUAUGAAUGCAAUCAGUGUGAAAAAUCUUUCUACCAGAAGUGCAGUCUUGUUGCACAUCAGAAAAUUCACACUGGAGAGAAACCACAUGAAUGUAAUCAAUGUGGAAAGUCUUUCCAGAAGAAGUACUGCCUUAUUACACAUCAGAGGAUUCACACUGGAGAGAAACCUUAUCAAUGUAAUCAGUGUGGAAAGGCUUUCAGACUCAGCUCCACUCUUGCUAUACACCAGAGAAAUCACAAUGGCGAGAAGCCUUAUCAGUGUAAUCAGUGUGAGAAAGCUUUCCUACGUAACCAUGAUCUUGCUGUACAUCAGAGAACUCACACUGGAGAGAGACCUUAUGAAUGUACUCAAUGUGGAAAGUCUUUCCAGAAAAAGUACAGACUUACUGCACAUCAGAGAAUUCACACCGGAGAGAAACCUUAUCAGUGUAAUCAGUGUGGAAAGGCUUUCAGAAUCGGCUCCAGUCUGGCGACACAUCAAAGAAAUCACACUGGAGAGAAGCCUUAUCAAUGUAAUCAAUGUGGGAAAGCUUUCCAGCAGAAAUGCAAUCUUGCUGCACAUAAGAAAAUUCACAUUGGAGUGAAACCUUAUCCGUGUAAUCAGUGUGAAAAGUCUUUCCAUAAGAAGUCCAGGCUUGUGACACAUCAGCGAAUUCACACUGGAGAGAAACCUUAUGAAUGUAGUCCAUGUGGAAAGGCUUUCAUAUAUCUCUCCAGUCUCGUUAAACAUCAGCGAACCCAUGGUGGAGAGAAACCUUAUAAAUGUAACCUGUGUGUAAAGGCUUACCAGCAAAAGUUCAGGCUUGUUGUACAUAAGAGAACCCACAUUGGAGAGAAUCAUUAAUGUAAUCAGUGUCAGAAAACUUUCCAGUGUAAUGCUGAACUUACUGCAUGUCACAGAAUUCACGUGGGAGAGAAUCUCCUGUAAUCAAUGUAGAAAAGCUUUCAAAAUCAUCUGCAGUCUUGCUAAACAGUAGAGAAUCUGUACUGAAAAGAAACUAGGAAUAUAAUCAAUGGCAGGAAGUCAUCCCUUAUUUCCCACCAGAGAAUGCAUUCUAGAUGGAAAUCUUAUCACUUUAAUGAAAGAGGAAAGACAAUGAAAUGAAAUACAGAAUGUGUUUAUAUCAGAAAAAUCAUUCUGAGGGAAGAUCUAUAUUGACUCGAUGUCAGAAUGCCUUCAGCCAGAAAUCAUCUCUUAUUUUAUAUCUUAUUUUAUAUAGUAUUCAGUGUGGAAAAAAGACUUCUGAUGUUCAGAUGGGGACAUGAUUUCAUUUGGAAGAGGGAGAUCCAUAGACAAUAAUAUUCAUAUUGGAUUGAAGGCUUAUAAAACCAAUGUUUGUAGAAAAAGUAUCCUUCACCUAUAGCUCAUGUUUGACUGUACUCUGGCAAAAUCAUACUGGACAUAAAAAUCUUGCAUCUCAUUAACAAAGGAAAGUCUUUUGCUCAAGCACAGAUGUCAUAUCAUCUCUUAGUAUGGGAGACCUCAUUAGAAACCCCAGAUUUCAUAUUGUGCAUAAAGUCCUAUAAAUGUAAUGAUUUUUUUCUCGAAUAUCCUGCUAUUUGUCAUUACCUUUUGUUAUUUCACAGAAUUCAUAUGCUAUAGUUUCUUUAACCCUUCCCCAACUUAUUGGUACUCACUUUGUUUCUUCUUACUUGCCGGCACAAAAAAUCCUCUUAUAAACAUUUUGCUAUCUCUUGGAAAUCUAUUUCUGCCAUGUUUUCUUUGACCAGCAGCUAGAUAGCCCAACAGAUAGAAUGCUGUGCUUGGAGUCAUAAAAUUUGAGUUCAGUUUGAUUGCAGAAAGUUACUAUUACCCAGAGCAAAUCACUUAAUCUAUCCUACCUGAUCUAUAAAUCUAUAAAAUGGAAUAACGAGAGCACCUGUCUGCUAGAGUUGAUGUGAGCAUCAAAUGAGACAAUAUUUAUAAAAUGCUUUCUAAGAUUUAAAUCACUAUGGAAAUGCUAACUUUUUAAAUAAUUAGUAUUCCUUGGGUCAUAAGUGUCCUAAAGGAGCCAGUAAGCUUAAACAUCUGGACGAUUCACUCACUUUUUUAAAAAUUCAAAUUGAUAUUCAGAACAGUGUAGAAGAAAGCAUUAUUUGUAAAGGGUAGAAUUCAGAGUUAGCAAUCAAGAAGUUUUGGCUUCAAAUCCUUUCUAAAGUACUCUCUAGCUCUAUUAAAUCUGCACAAGGAAGACCCUCUCUGUGCCUUAUUUAGCUCAUCUCUGAAAUGAGAUUAACUCCAGCUUUCAACCCUAAAGAUAUGUUCUCAUUACAAGUACAUUCAAAUGUUUCUUUCCCACAGCCUAUUCCAAUAUUCUAGGGAGGAGGCUCAGCAAGACCAAAUCUGAAGCUAUAAUAGAAGAGUAGAAAUCCAAACUAUUUUGCCGAAUUUAAAAAUAAACAUCAUGAGAAAUGGAAUUGAUUAGGUCUGGAAUAUAUAAAAGAAAAUGAGUAUAAUAAAACACAUGUUCAGUCAAUCCAAUACAGUAUGCUGGAAAACUUGAAAGUAGCCUGGCAGAAAAAAGAUAGUCCAAUAUUUCAUAUUGUCUACCAAGAUUAGUUCUUCAUGAAUUUUUUUUCAUAAUUCCAAAUUGCUUUCCUUUUUUUUUUUUAAGUAUACAAUUUCUUAUUUUUAUUUUUCUUUAGUUAUAUUUAAAACAAUUCUUUAACAUUUGUUUUUAAAAUUUAAGAGUUCCAGAUUCUCUUUUCCUCCCCUCUCCCCUUAUGGUGGCAUAUGUGAAGUUCUCCAAAACAUUUCUUUAGGUCAUAUUGUAAAAGAAAAACAUAGAUCUCCCAACCACCAAAGAAACAAAAUAGAGUAUGUUUCACUCUGUAUUCAAACCUAGUCAGGCCUUUUUUUUUUUGGUAUAGAUAGCAUUUUCCGUCAUUACUCCUUAUAGUAGUUGUGGAUCAUUGUAUUGAUCAUCCCAGAAUAUUGCUGUUACUUUGUACAAAGUACAUUUGAGUUUGUUCAAGCUCAUAGAGAAUGUUCCAAUGUUUUUCUGAGAGCAUCCUGCUUAUCAUUUCCCCAGAGAACAAUAAUAUUCCAUUAUAAUCACAUCAUAAUUUAUUCAGCCAUUCCCUAUUUGAUAGAUAGCCCCUCAAUAUCCUCUUUUUUUUGCCCUGAAAUGAGCUAUAAAUAUUUUUGUACAGAUUACUUUUUUUUUUUUUUUUUUAGUAAUUUUUUGGGGAUUCAUACCUAGUAAUGGCAUAUUGUUAGGUCAAAGGAUAUGCAUCAUUGUAUAGCACUUUGGGCCUAGUUCAUAUCUUUUGAUCAUUUAUCAAUUGGGAAAUGUCUUUUUUUUUUCUUUUACAAAUUUGACUCCAUUUCCUAUACGUUUGAAAAAUGAGGCUUUCAUCAGAAAAACUCACUUCAAAAUUCUUUUCCCAGUUAAUAUUGCUAACAGUAUUUUCCACUGGUUUAUUUAUUCUUUUCUUUCUCUCUGUCCCUCCUCAAAAGUAUUUUGCUUCUGACUGCCCUGUCCCCCCAAUAUGCCCUCUUUUUUCUAUCACUUUUCCCCCUUUCCAUAUUUUCUUUUCCUACUUUCCUACGAAUAAGAUAGAUUUCUAUACCCAUAUUAAGUGUGUCUGUUAUUUCUUCUUUGAGCCAGUUCUGAUGAGAGUAAGGUUCACUCACUCUCUGUUUCCCCCCUACAUACACUUCCCCUUCACAAUAAAAGUUUUUUCUUGCCCUUUUCAUGGCAGAUAAUUUAUGCCUUCCUCCCUCUCCCUUUCCCCUUUUCCAGUACAUUAUUUUCUUCUUACCCCUUAAUUUUAUUGUUUUAGAUAUUAUCCUUUAUAUUCAAAUCACACCUGUGUUGUCUGUUGGUCUAUCUAUCGAUUAAUCUAUAUAUUGCUAGCUGUCACAAUGAGAAAGUUAUGAGUUACAAGUACCAUUCUUCUAUAUAGUAAUGUAAAUAGAUAAACCUUAUUAAGUCCCAUAAGAUAUCACUUUUUCUGAUUACUUAUGAUUCUCUUAAGUCCUAUAUUUGAAAAUCAAAUUUUCCAUUCAGCUCUGGUCUUUUCAUUACUAAUGCUUGGAAGUCUUCUAUUUCAUUGAAUUUCUACCUUUUCCCUAAAGGAACUCAUUUUUGCUUGAUAAAUGAUUCUUGCUUGUCAUCCUACCGCCACCACUCUAGAAUAUCAUAUUCCAAAGCCUCCAAUUCUUGAACGUAGAAGGCUGCUAAAUUCUGUGUUAUCCUGACCUUCCCCUCCAGGAUAUUUGAAUUGCUUCUUUCUGGAUAAUUUUCUUCCUUACCUGGGAGUUGUGAAAUUUGACUGUGACAUUCCUGAGAGUUCUCAUUUGGAGCUGUCUUUCACGAGGUCAUUGGUGGAUUCAGCCAAUUUCUAUUUUGCCCUCUGGUUCUAAAAUAACAGGAUUAUUUUCCUUGAUAACUUCUUGAAAGAUGAUGUCCAGGCUCUUUUUUUUUGACCAUGACUUUCAGGUAGACCAAUAAUUUCUCCUGGAUCAGUUUUCCAGCUUGGUUAUAUUUUCCAAUGAAAUAUUUCACUUUUUUUUCAUUCUUUUGUCUUUGUUUUAGUGUAUCAUGAUUUCUCAUAAAUUCAUUAGCUUCCAUUUGCUCAUGACUAAUUUUUAAGAAUUUUCCUUGGUGAAUUUUUGUACCUCCUUUCCCAUUUAAACAAUUUUGCUUUUUAAGAUGGUACUGUCCUCAUCAGAUUUUUGCACUUUCAAUUUUUCCUUUCCCUCUCUCACUUCAUUUUCAAAAAUCCUUUUUGAGCUCUCCCAUGGCUUGAAACCAGUUGUUAUUUUCCUUGAAGGCUUUGUAUAUAGAAGCUUUUUUCUUCGGAGCAUGUGUUUUGAUCUUCCUUGUCACCAUACUAACUUUCUAUGGUCAGAAACUUUUUCUAUGUCUGCUUAUUUUCUCAAUUUAUUAUUCAGCUUUUAAGUCUUUGUUAAGGGACCUCCCAUAAGUGGAGAGUGUCCCUGCUCCACUGUGUCAAUAAAUUUCAGUGGCUAAAGCAGCAGAGUCCCUCCUCAUUGCUAGUAAAGAGACUUCUGAAGUCUCAGGAAGCUUCUGCACUGGCACCCACACUCCUGGUUUGUUGGUUUCCCAAGGCUCGCUCACAGUACUGAGAAAUCUUUCCAGCUGAUCUCCAAGUCAUUUUUGGAGUCUCUGGAUUGAGAGGUCUGAAAACUAGCAACACUACCGAUGAUUCAUAGAUCCCUGGGCCCAUUUUGAGUUGAGCUGGUGCAGCCUUUGCCGGGACUGUGUACAGGAGUCCCACCCUGGGGUCACAGACUCUUCCUGCUAACCUUCUAAGUUGUCUUUGGCUGGAAAAUUGUUCUACUUUUGUCUUUUUGUGUUUUGAAAAUUUCUUUAGCGUCAUUAUUUAAAGGAAUUUGGAGCAAUUUGGGGGAGAGCUUGGGAGUUCCUGCCUUUACUCUGCCAACUUGGUUCUGCCCUUCUUAAUGAAUUCUUGACUUAAAUGUGAAAGAUCACCUCAGAUAAAUGAAAGGAACCAAGAAGAAGAGACAUUUCUGAAUAGUGGAAGAAUUCAGCACCUAACCAGGGACAGAGAAGAUCACAGAAAAGAAAAUAGGCAAUUUUUAUCGCAAAAACUUAAUGCCUCUAUGAUUUAAAGGGAAUUCUACUUAGAUGACACGGUCCGACUGAGGUGAAUUUUGGGGCAAGUCCAGAAGUGUCCUUGAGAGACUGGGCUUUGAAUGAGAAAGCAAAAAGAGGGUGUCCUGUAUAUGGAAUUGAUAAUUAAUAUAAAAAGAAAAUAAUUAUUUUCCUUAAAAUGCUCAUUAAAUUAACCUGAUUGAGUCUCCA